AUGGAGAGACUAUAUCUGAUACUGGGCCUGCUGUUCGUCGGCGUAAACGCCGAGAAAAAGAUCAAUUUGGACGACAUAGAAAGGGACAAUUUAAGAAUUGAAGGGAUUUCGAAAACCGGAGUCGCACCGCCAGAAGGAACGAACUAUUUGACAAAGCCCGAGAUUAGUCAGCAACCGUAUCAACCGCUGAGUCAAUACAAUAAACCGCCUAAUGCACCUGUUGCAUAUGUGACUGCACCGUCAAGUCAAAAUAUUCCGAAAACUUAUGUUCAGCCAAACAAAUAUGUUACGAAAGAGCAAGUCUAUCAACAGAAUAACGUGUUACCAGAACAGCCUCCGCCGCCACAAUAUUACAAUGAAUAUCAACAACCUUCGUUGCCUCCGAAAGGAAUCGCGCCGAAUCACUAUGAAUCUCAACAGUUCAUCUAUCAACCGGAAGUGUUAGUUGGUAAUCAAUUACAGACGGUCCAGCAGAAGGCAGUUACUGCAAAAUACUCGAAGAAUGUAAACAAAGAAACGGUGUACGUCGAUAUUCCCAUGAUGCACCUGCUGACUUAUUACCCGAACUUGGACGUAAAUCCUGGCAAAGGCAGAGGACUAUUGGCGCCUCAAUUGACUGCAACCGGAACAGAACAGAUAUCUAUUCCUCUCUAUACCUCGACACUAAGUCAGAAGCCGAUUGUUCCUGUGAAGCCGACUUAUCAGAUUCAGCACGCCCCGAAAUACAAUUCCGUUGUUCCGACCACUUUCUCUAGUAAGGUUAGUAAAGCCCCCGUUUACACUGCUCCCGUUACUCCAAAGAAGUACACCAAUACUCCGUUAGCAAAUGUGGCAACCUAUGUUCCACAAGACCAGUCUUACGCUCAAGGAAGGCAGUUCUUGUACACGCAAGCGUACAUCGCUCCGUCCCAACCGCAAUACGUCUCCCAGUUGGUCUACGCACAACCGACAACUGUUUAUAUGCACGCUGCUCCCGUGUACAAUGAUGUAUACGCUCGUGUACCCACAUACGUGCAGGACAACGUCCUGCAAGGCAACGUUAAAUAUAACGCACCGCCUGAACAGCCGGAAACUGCUGUACCACUUGCCGAAGAGUUGCCUAAUCAGGUCUUGACCCAGCAAACUGGCCAGAGCGGCUCUCAAAAUUAUGUCAAGGAACCUGAGGAACCCAGCGAGGACUUGGUACCGCCCCAAUUACCGGCGCAAGAAUUCAAAUCAGUCACGCCGCUUCUGCCCGUGCCACCGCAAGAAGAUGAACCCGCCCCAGUCCAAAACGACGUGGGUCCCACAGAACCGAGAUCUCUGCUCGAUUCGUACGUACCAAGCAAUUUGAUCGCGGCUCAGGACUCCGCCAGAUACCAGGAGAGGCCAAUCAAAUUGGAAACCGGCUUCCUGCCAUCGAAAGAAAACUUCCUGUUUAAAAAACGCAAAUCGGAAUAA